CAUCAUAUUGAUAUAUACCAAGAUAAGCCACACCACUCUUCCUAACUUUUCAUUUCAUUUUCCACUAUAUUGAAUAUGUCAAAGGUUAAAGUUGAUCAACUUAAUCAAUUAAGAGAAAUUUUCAAAAGAUUCGACAUGGAUUCAGAUGGAAGCCUAACAAUGUUAGAGCUAGCGGCACUUAUUCGUUCGUUAGGCUUAAAGCUUUCAGGGGACGAAGUUCAAAUCCUGGUAUCCAAAAUGGACUCAAACGGAAACGGUUCUAUUGAGUUCGAUGAAUUGGUUGGAGCUAUAAUGCCAAACAUGAAUGCAGAGGUAUUGGUUAAUCAAGAACAACUUAUAGGCGUGUUCAAGUGCUUUGAUCGCGAUGGGAAUGGUUUCAUUUCGGCUGCUGAAUUGGCUGGAGCAAUGGCUAAAAUGGGUCAGCCACUUACUUAUAAAGAGCUUAUUGAGAUGAUUAAAGAAGCUGAUAUGGAUGGUGAUGGUGUUAUUAGUUUUAGUGAGUUUGCUACUAUUAUGGCUCGUUCUGCUUCUGAUUUAUUAGGAGGGUUUGAUUAUAGAAACAAAACACAUUCAUUUCACUUGUAGAUUCUUUAAAAAAAAAUAUAUGUUUUGUUAAUUGGAUGUGUAUUGUGUAGGUUGUUGUAUUGUUAUACAAUUAUUUUGAUGAAAUGGAAUUAAAUAACGAUAUUUGGUUA